AUGUACCAAAGGAGCCACCAUGCUAACAUAUACUGUAUAAAUUUCAAUGUGGACUCUACAUUGCUGUGUGUAUCUAGUGACCACGGGACGGUGCAUAUAUUUUCUACAGAAGAAAACGCCAAAAAGAACAAGCAGUCCAGCCUGGCCGGUGCAGGAUUCCUACCAAAGUACUUCAGUUCCAAGUGGAGCUUCUGCAAGUUCCAGGUUCCCGGUGGAGCACACUGCAUGUGCGCCUUUGGCUCCGAUAGCAAUGCUGUGAUAGUUGUGUGUGCGGAUGGCAGCUACUACAAAUUUUUGUUCAAUCAGAAGGGAGAGUGUAACCGGGAUGUUUAUUCCCAGUUCCUUGAAAUGACGGACGAUCGAUCAUAGUUGCUGUUUGGAAGUUAUCACAACCGUGAUGCUUAACAUUUUUUAAGAUGGAAACUCUGUAACAUCAAGAUUCACAUGGACCAGCGCAUAGUAGACCAGCCCACCUAAGACUGAAGAAUAGUCUCGAAUGCUGUUGUUUUAUAUAUUUGAACUCACAAGUUUUGGAGUCUAAAACUAAGGUAUUCUUUACUAUGAAGUAUGCAUUGAUUAAUUUGGGAACGAAUCCAACAUUUAGUGACAUACACAAGACAUGUGAUUAUAAACAUUAGCUGUGAAGUGUUUAGAAAUUGAGAGUGGAUAAAUUCUAGUAAAGAGGGUUAAACAUUAGUCACUCACUAAAGUCAAUGCAGUGAUGCCUUGAUUGUUGCAUUCUCACCAUAGGGUGAUGAGCCAUUAUGCAGUAAAUCAUAGAAACUUUGACAAGAAAGCAACUUACAGAUUGGAAGCCGGGUGCGUUUUGACUUAACGUUAGUUUUAUGUAACUUAACAUUUUUUAGCUUGACUAUUCUAUAUGAAAUAUAUAUAGUGGAGCUAUCCUACUCACCCCGACGUCGGUGUGCGCAUGCAAAUGUUAAAGUUUGCGUACCACCCCAAAUAUUACCUAUGUCCCUUGACACAUUGCUUUAAUAUUUUGCAUACUUCUUUACCAACAAGACCCCAACCUAUAAACAAGAGCAGACAACUGUAUCAAGCAUUUUGUAAGAAUUAUGGCCCUUUUUUCACUUAGAAUAUGCAUAUUAUUGAUAAUCUAUGUUAAAGUUUGCGUGCCACCUUAAAUAUUUUCAAUGUCCCUUGACAUAUUGCUUUCAUAUUAUGCAUACUUCUUUACCAGCAUGACUCCAAUCUAUAAACAAGAGCAGACAACUGUAUCAAGCAUUUUGUAAGAAUUAUGGCCCUUUUUCCAUUUAGAAUAUGCAUAUUAUUGAUAAAUCUAUGUUAAAGUUUGUGUACCACCUCAAAUAUUUUCAAAGUCCCUUGACAUAUUGCUUUCAUAUUUUGCAAACUUUUUUACCAACAUGACCCCAAUCUAUAAACAAGAGCAGACAACUGUAUCAAGCAUUUUGUAAGAAUUAUGGCCCUUUUUUUGUCCUAGUAACUGAAUAUUUUGUUAAAUUUUGUGUUUAGAUUCAUUUGACUUCUAAAGUAUUAAAGCUAUUGCUUUCAAACUUCAAAUAUUUUUUUACUAUCAUGAGGGUACUGUACCUGGCAAGUUCAAUUUGACCUUGACCUUUGAAUGACCUUGACUCUCAAGGUCAAAAGAAUAAAUUUUAGUUAAAUCGCCAUUACUUCUUUAUUUAUGAUCAGAUUUUAUUAAUACUUUGACAAAACAGCACUUACCUGAAUACCACAAUGGAUUCCACCCAAACAAUACCCCACGCCCCAACCCAGAAUCCCUGCCCCCCCCAAAAAAAAAAUUAAAAAAAUACUCGCCCAAGCUAUUGCUAUCAAACUUGAAAUAAAAUCUUAUUAGUUUGUUUUAUGUGUUUACAUAUGUUCAAUAGAUUUUGGAAAAUAUACCUUGACCUUAUUGAAUAAUAUGAACAAUUUCCCCAUGAUGGCUUACGUUAUACUGUCAAGCUCUCAAAAUAGUCGAGCGCACUGUCCUCUGACAGCUCUUGAUAUAAUAUACCAUGCUGGACAAUUGAGCCGCGUUCUGAGAGAACUGGGCUUAAUGCAUGUGCAUAAAGUGUCGUCCCAGAUUAACCUGUGCAGUCCGCACAAGCUAAUCAGGGACGACACUUUCCGCUUUUAUGGUAUUUUUAGUUUCAAGGAAGUCCCUCCUUACCAAAAAUCAAGUUUAGGUGGAAAGUGUCGUCCCUGAUUAGCCUGUGUGGACUGCACAGGCUAAUCUGGGAUUACACUUUACACACAUGCAUUAAGCCCAGUUUUCUCAGAACAAGGCUAAAUUAAUCAGAGGAUCAUGGUUUUGAUUCUCAGCCGGCUUCAUAAGUUUUAAACUUUUGUGAUAAUAGGGUAAGAAAAAUACAUUGUCUCCCUGACUCUGGACUCGAGGAGGGCAGUCUCAGUGAUUGGCAUAUGUAUGUGCGCCUUGUUUUGGUAAACCAGCUCACCCAAUAAAAGUUUGAUUUGGUUAACUGUUUGCCAUUACGAAAAUUCUGUUGAUUACCGGUACAACACAAAAUCUUCUAAAACAAACAUGCAGAACCUUCAUCACAUACCUUGUUGCAUAAAGGUCAUUCAAUGUGGGUAUGAACAAAUGUUUAUUUGAUAAGUUAAGGAUUUUUAGACAUUUGUAAAAAGCAUUUCUUAAAAAAUAUUACUUUAUUAAUGCCUUUACUAUAAAUCAUGUUUUUGUGUUGUUUUUUGUAAGGAAUAUAAUUAUGUAUUACCAUGACAUUCUUGAUCCAUAAACUAGUCAGAGCAAUUGAGCUAAAUUUGGCAGCAGCUGUUUGUUGGACAAAGUAAACACACUUGUAAUAGCUGAAAUAUUGAAAAAAAAAUGAACAUUUCUUUCUCAUAUUAAUAUUAUUUCAAUUCAAUAGCAAAGCGUUCAGAUAAUUAUCAAAUGUGCAAGAUAGGCAGGAAAGAAUUUUGGUUCGAAACUUACAUAGCAUUUAAUAGUUUUAUGUAAAGAUAUAUUCUGAGACAAAGCAAAAGUUGUUAAUCCCUCGACAACAUGGGAAACAAAAUGACCAGUUUAAUGAUAGCUCUGGUUGUUUAUAGGAGCAUUGAAUGUCAUUUAUAACUUUUUUACACACACAAUUGUCAUAAUGGUUGUUAUUUCAACAAUGCUGUUUGUCAUGCUUUUACAGCAUUUAGAUCAAUCUUGUUGAUAAAAGAAAAUACACACUUUUGUUUACCUGCAUUCAUGGCGUCCACUAGGGUUAUGUAAAAAGAUAUGUCAAAAAACAAUGGGAUGGCCGUAAGGGCGUGUGAGUUUUCUUAUUUGAUUGAUUAUUUAUAUAUUAACCUUUUCCCACUUAAAAGCAAAGUCAAAAAGGGUUAUAUGCAAAAAGCAUAAAACCAGAACAGCCUGUGAGUAACUCGCAGUCUUUUCAGGUUUUAUGCUGUUUGCUGCUCAUCAGUAUCUAAGGGUUGGAAACGAAGCCUUUAAAAAAAUGAAUCUAGUAAGAAAGGUCUUUAAUUUGAUUAAACUUUGUAAGGGACUACAAAUGCGUCAAAAUAUGUAUCUAAGUGGUGAAGUGUUAAGGGAUUUGUGCAGACCAUGUUUGCAGAGACAUGCCAUAUUUGCCUGGGGAAACCUUGCUUGCAUUUAAUAUUUAUGGCCAUUUUGUUGUAUAUCAAAGGUUGAUUGUACUAAAAUGUACAAAUAUUUUAUAAUCAUUUUGCAUAAUGAUUAUUUGUUGUAUUCUAUUUGUUGCCUGUUUAAUGUUUUCAUGUGAAGUCUGAUUCAAGAUACAUGUCUGAUAAAUCUUUUAUAUAA